AUGAACAUGGAUUGGCUCCUCGACAGCGGCUACCUACCCCACACCGUCAUCAGGAUAGGCAUCCGGCGCCAGCUCCAGGAACGUCUCGACUCCAUCGCGAGCACGUCCCUCAGCCUUGACUACGAGCGCAAGAUGACAUUCAUCGAGAAGCUGCGCACCCAACCCAUUGCGAUUGAGACCGCUACGGCCAACAAGCAGCACUACGAGGUCGGCACCGGCGUCCUCGCCGCAUGCCUAGGCCCACGCAUGAAGUACUCGUGCUGUCUGUACCCCAAGGGCGGCGAGACGCUGGCUCAGGCAGAAGUUGCCAUGUUACAGACAUAUGUUCAAAAGGCUGAAUUAACAGAUGGUAUGAGCAUCUUAGAUCUCGGCUGCGGUUGGGGAUCGGGUGCGCUAUACUUCGCUGAGGUACUUCCCAACUCGAAGGUUACGGCCUUUUCCAACUCCAGGACGCAAAAGGAGUAUAUUGAUGGCAAAGCCAAGGAGAAGGGGUUGGCCAAUCUCACAGUCAUCACAGGCAACGUUGUUGAUUAUGAAUUUGAGCGGGAGUCUUUCGACAGAGUCGUCUCGAUUGAGCUAUUCGAACACAUGAAGAACUAUGAGCUUCUCAUGGCCAAGGUUAGCCGGGCCUUAAAGCCUGGUGGGAAACUUUUUGUUCACAUCUUUGCCCACAAGACUACACCGUACGAUUACGAGGAGGGUUGGAUGACGACGUAUUUCUUCACAGGAGGUACAAUGCCUUGCACUGACCUGCUCCUAUUCUUCCAACGAGACCUCAAGAUUCAGAAGCAAUGGUGGGUCAGCGGACAACAUUACUCCAAGACGUGCGAGCACUGGCUGAGCAAGAUGCUUGCACACAGGAAGGAGAUCUGGCCGCACCUGAUUGAGACUUAUGGUGAGCAGAAUGCUAGCGUAUGGUACAAUAGGUGGCAGAUUUUCUACUUGGCAUGUUCCGAGCUGUUCGCCUACCAAGGCGGGGACACUUGGGGUGUGUCGCACUACCUCUUCGAAAAGCCCAGCACUCAAUAG